AUGCGUGCCUACCGUCAUUCCCGUUAUCAGCCCACCAACAACGCAUCUCAGCUUUAUUUAUAUAGACCUCAACGUCUAUGUAGGCCAUAACCUUAACCUCACAUCAUGCCCACUGUCAUCUAGAAACCCCAACCGAUCACCUCCAUGGCACCACCUGCCCUCCCCGUAACCAACACCCAGCUUCGCUGGAUAGGGCUCAUCUCCUUCCUCGCGCUCCUGUGGAAGACGCUCACCCUGCGCUCACCGUUCUUCCUCGUCCCGCCGCUCCCGGCAAUCGCAACACCGCACACCUGCGCCGUGCACCACCGCCCGCUCCUCGCCUACUGUGAAGACUUCAGCACGAUCCCGAAUUCGCCGCUGCUCCUGCUCGCCUGCGAUCCCUCACGGCUCCAAUGGGACCACAUAACGGGGAACAUCCCGGCAGGGCUGCCCGUGGGCGAGGUCUGGAUCUACAACCCCGCCUCACCAGCGUCGGCGCCGACGAGGGCACACCUGGGCAUCUCGGACUUCCGCCCGCUCGGCAUCUCGGCCACGAACACCACCUCGGGAACACGAUUCUUUGUCGUGAACCAGGCGCGUGCUGGGCCGCGGGUCGAGGUCUUCGACCUAGCCCUCUCCACCGGCGCGGCCACACACGUGGCAACACUGGAGCACCCGCGCAUCGCCUCGCCCAACUCCGUUGCCGCCACGGGGCCGGACGGGUUCUAUCUCACCAACGACCUGCUGUUCGCGCGGCGCGGCGCGGCGCACGUAAUUGCGCUGGCGGCGGAGCUGCUGACCGCUGCGCCCGGCGGGAGUCUGGUCCACGUUGCCCUUGCGAGCGAUAGCGAGGGAGGGGUCAGCAUAGAGAAGGCACAUAUGAUCUCGCGCUUGGCGCUCGGGAAUGGUGUGGCCGUGGAUACUGCUACGAACCGUGUUUGGGCUGUCGCCACGUUGAAGGGCAUAUACGAAUUCGAGUACGAUCCGGCGGAUCCGGCUAGGAUCGGCGGCGCGAUGUUUCUCAGGGCCGCGGUGCUGGCGGAUAAUCUCGUGUUUACGGCUGGAGAGCUGUUUGUUAGUGGUUUCACGUCGCUGCGGGGAAUGUUAGAGAGCAGUAAGAACCCGGAGGCGAGGAAGCCCGGAGGACUGACGGCCAAGGUGCUGCCACUGCUGAAGAUGCGGGAGGACGCCGUCGAGGUCGUGAAGAGGAAGUAUGAUGUUGCCAAUUCAGCCCUAAGGAGGGAAGAGUGGAGAUGGGAGACGGUAUUUGUGGAUGAUGGUGGGUUUUAUGGCCCGGUUAGUACUGGUGCAGUGCUGGAGGGCGGGAAGUAUGUGGGCGUUAGUCUGCUGGAUCACGGAGUGGUCGUUUGUGAUGAGAAACCAGUGAAGGGGAGGACUGUGGUGGAGCCUGAGGAGGAUGUGAAGGAUGAGUUGUGAGCAAG